AUGGCGGUGACUGGUAACAAGCGAGGCCAUGCUGGCAACAUCGCAUUCGCGAGCGUCGACAGCGCGAGGAAGAAGAAAUGCGUCGACAUCCACUCCCUCCUUACCGUCACGAAACCAUUAUCUGCUCAGGCUUUAAGCCACGCAGCCAAGAAACAGACGAACCAUACGAACGCGUCAGGCAGCGUUCCCGUAAAAUUAAGCGAAAUUCGCAACGGAAAUGCGACGGGACGAGGAAUCGCACAGACGCGACUUGCGAUAGAAAGAGGAGGGCUUGUCGACAAGACGACGUGGACGUUCAAGCCCACUUUGGAGACACGAGAGAGGGCGAGUGGGAGCAACCGUGGAUCCAAGAGAGUCAACGGAGAACAGCGAGUGGUGGAACUGGCAGAAGACGACGACGAGCUGUACGAAGAUGUAGACGAUGUUACCGAGUUACACGGCCUGGAUGUGAUCAGAGAAGCCGGAUCGUCGCAGGACGACGAGGAGGACAGCGACUAUGAGAACGAGGAGAACAGUGACGAUCAGAACGAGGGGGGCCUUGGCGAUGAGAACGAGGGGGAUGUGGAGGAGGUGGUGGUGGUGGAAGGAAAGGUGCGAGGGGUGAAACAGCAGCUUCACGGAAGCGACCGCUGCACCGGAGUAAACUGCUCUCAGCCGCUUGCAGACGCUGGGCUGGACGAUUUGAAGUGUCACGUGUGCGGCCGGGAGGACGGCGAAGACGGAAUGCUUGUGUGCGACGGACGUGGGUGUAACCGUGGUUACCACCUCUGGUGCCUGCGACCAAUCCUCGUCGCUGUGCCCCUCGGCCAGUGGUACUGCCCCGACUGCCGCCGCCCAGCCAAAAUCAGAGAAUUUCCCCUGGUGCAGAGCUCAAUCGUCGACUUCUUCCGCAUUCAGCGCCCCCCUGACCUCUCACCUGAGACAACACCUGCCGUGGCAGGCGGAAGCGCCACCAAACCUGAUGUAACCCCUGCCAAUAGGCCACCUGGAAAGAAACCUGUCGUGGCGAAGAACAGCGAGGGAGAUAGUAGCGGACAAUGCAGCGGAGUUACCACACGGCGAACAGAGCACAGCCGACAAGCAUCAAGCGGCGUCGUACUGGUUGCUGGUGAUGCGGCGGCUGAGAGUGGUAGGAAUAGAAACAGCGGCAGCGCAGACGCUGACUGUAGGAGCGUAGGAGCUAGUCGAACUCGCGUCGUAGGUGCUGCUAGAAUUAGCAUAGGCGGUAACGCUAGGACUGACAUAGGCGCUCCUGCUAGUAGCCGUUUGAGCGCCUGCAAUGGUAGCUUGUGCAAAACAAAGCGCAGCAGCACUACCGGCAGAAGCGCAACGGCUGGUGGUGGCAGUGAUAAUGGCGGGAGUGGGAACGGGAGCAUAGUUACAGACACUGACGGCUGUAGAUUAACUGCUAACUCAGGCAACGGCAGCAUCGCUUCCCACUUCAGCAACAGCGGCGCGAAAAAGAGAGUCCCAAACAGUGGCAGCAGUGGCAGGAGGAAGAGGCAGACCCGAGUGAAGCUGAGCAGUAAGCUGUUCCCGCAUCGGCCCGACCCGGACCCAGAGAGACGCCUGGAGCAACUGAGGUCCCUGGCCACCGCACUGACUGCUAUUGGGGCGCGGUUCGUGGAUGGGCUGGAAUACCCCUUUAAAGCCGUGCCUAGGGGGAUGAACGAGCCUGGGAGGGAGGUGGGGGGGAUGCAGGUGCUGAGUCGGGAGAACGUGGGUGUUUUGGAGCGGUGCAAAGAGAUGUGGAGGAGUGGGGCGCCUCCACCGCUGAUCGUCAAACACGACCCUUGCCAAGGCUUUGUAGUGGAAGCGGAUGCGCCAAUAGCGGAUCGCACAAUUGUCACGGAGUAUGGGGGGGUGGUGGACAGCAUGGCGCGGAGGCGGCACGAUCCGUGCGAUGCCAUGAUGGGGUUACUGUUCACGGGGCGGGAUAAGACGGAUCUCGUCAUCUGCCCGGAUCGCGCGGCAAACUUUGCCCGGUUCAUCUCGGGAAUCAACAACCACACCAAAGAGGGUCGCAGGAAGAUCAACCUACGCUGUGUGCGAUUCAGUGUGAAUGGGGAGGCACGGGCUUUGCUGAUUGCCACCAGGCGAAUCGCCAAGGGGGAGAGGCUUUACUACGACUACAACCGGCUCGUGCAUGAAUACCCCACCAUGCACUUUGAAUGA